AUGGGAAGAGCAAGGAACAUUUUAAGCUUCGGCUUAAUUCUGCUACAUACCCUUUAUUUAAAUCUGACCACAGCUGAUAUUCCUGCCCAUGUAGAGAUUAAAAAUUUGGUGGGAAAAUGGAAGAUUCAAAGGACACAAACAUCUCCGAAAAUGACAACCUGUGGAUCACACCAACCUAACAACAACAUUUUUAAUGUAAAAAUUACAGAUUAUAAAAAGUACUUGUUGGACAACCACUACAAGUUUACCUCUGACUUGUAUGUCAUUCUAUCGGACGACUUUGUGCCAUAUGGAGAUAUGCACGAUACGACUGGCAAUGAACAUCGAAAGAAUUGGAAGGUAUUAGUUGUGUAUGAUGAACAUAAGAGGAAGAUAGGUACAUGGACCACCAUUUGUGAUGAAGGAUUUGAAAUUAGAUUAGGUAAUGAAACGUAUACUGCUUUUAUGCAUUAUGAACCCACUGGCAAGUGUGGAGAAGCCAAAGAGGAUGAUCAAACAGAUUCCAAUGGAGAGACAGAUUGCUACACCACCAAUUAUAACAAGAUCAGAUUCGGAUGGGUAGAUAUAAACAAAUCGAAGGAUGAGAAAUUAUAUGGCUGCUUCUACGCGGAGAGAUAUCAUGUAUCAGCUGAUCCUUCCGAUAUAGCAAGCACGCAACAGAACAUCUCAAAUGAAGCGAGCGUAGACAGUUUUCUAAAUUCGCAUAACUUCUUGUACCCUGCGACAUCUGCCGCUAUGUCGGGAAGUAACGACAAGCCAACUUUCACCAAGAGGAAAAACAUGCACAUUGAUCAGAAUAGCGAACUGUACUGGCACAAGAUGAAACACCACGGGAAGAAGAAGCCCAUAAGCAGAGAGAUGAUGAUGAAUGCGAAGCAGAGAUAUGCUUGUCCAUGUAACAAGGAUGAGCAUGUACAGGAUGAAGUGAAUAAUGGAGAUAAUCCAGAUCAACCUGUAUCGCCUGUGUCGCCAGUAUCGCUCAUGCAAUUGGGAAAUCGAACCGGAGAUGAUGAAACGAACGAAAUGGAUCUGGAAAAUUAUGAAGACACGGAGAAAUCUCCCCACAGGGAAUUAGAAAUAGAUGAAUUGCCAAAGAACUUCACCUGGGGAGAUCCAUUUAAUAAGAACACAAGAGAAUACGACGUCACGAAUCAGUUGUUAUGCGGUUCUUGUUACAUCGCCUCUCAGAUGUAUGUCUUUAAGAGAAGAAUUGAAAUUGGAUUAACAAAAAAUCUGGACAAAAAGUACCUUAACAAUUUCGACGAUCUCUUGUCAAUACAAACAGUUCUUUCAUGUUCUUUCUAUGAUCAAGGAUGUAAUGGAGGUUACCCUUAUUUGGUCGCUAAAAUGGCCAAAUUACAAGGUAUUCCUUUAGAUAAGGUUUUCCCAUACACAGCCACAGAACAAACCUGUCCAUACAAGGUCGACCAAUUUGCUAUGGUAACUCCCGCAGCGGGUAGUAACCCUUCCACAGCAACAACGAAAAACUUGAGGCAAAUAAACGCAGUUAUGUUUAGCACAGGAACAAGAAACGAUAUGCAUGCGAAUUUUAAAAACCCCAUAAGUGAUGACCCAGAGAAAUGGUAUGCAAAGGAUUACAACUACAUCGGUGGAUGCUACGGAUGCAACCAAUGCAAUGGAGAAAAAAUAAUGAUGAACGAGAUUUACAGAAAUGGUCCUAUCGUUGCUUCCUUUGAGGCAACCCCUGAUUUUUACGAUUAUGCUGAUGGGGUAUAUUACGUUAAGAACUUCCCUCACGCAAGAAAAUGUACUGUAGAUGCCACGAAGAAGAAUUUCGUUUACAACGUUACUGGAUGGGAAAAGGUUAAUCACGCCAUUGUUCUAGUCGGAUGGGGAGAGGAAGAAAUCGAUGGUACUAUGUACAAGUACUGGAUAGGCCGAAACAGCUGGGGUAAAAAUUGGGGUAAGGAAGGUUACUUUAAGAUAAUUCGUGGUCUCAACUUUAGUGGUAUCGAGAGUCAGACACUCUUCAUCGAGCCCGAUUUUACUCGCGGCGCGGGUAAGAUCCUUCUGGAAAAACUGAAAAAUGAGUAA